AUGUCCAACAGCAGCUCCAUCAGCCACUUCCUCCUGCUGCCAUUGGCAGACACGCGGCAGCUGCAGCUCCUGCACUUCUGCCUCUUGCUGGGCAUCUCCCUGGCUGCCCUCCUGGGCAACGGCCUCAUCAUCAGCGCCGUAGCCUGCGGCCACCACCUGCACACGCCCAUGUUCUUCUUCCUGCUCAACCUGGCCCUCAGCGACCUGGGCUCCAUCUGCACCACUGUCCCCAAAGCCAUGCACAAUUCCCUCUGGGACACCACCACCAUCUCCUACACAGGAUGUGCUGCACAGCUCUUUUUCUUUCUGUUCUUCAUCUCAGCAGAGUAUUUCCUCCUGACCAUCAUGUGCUACGACCGCUACGUGUCCAUCUGCAAACCCCUGCACUACGGGACCCUCCUGGGCAGCAGAGCUUGUGCCCACAUGGCAGCAGCUGCCUGGGCCAGUGCCUUUCUCUAUUCACUGCUGCACACAGCCAAUACAUUUUCCCUGCCCCUGUGCCAUGGCAAUGCCCUGGGCCAGUUCUUCUGUGAAAUCCCACACAUUCUCAAGCUCUCCUGCUCACACUCAAACCUCAGGGAUCUGGGGCUUCUUCUCAUAAGUUUUUUUUUAGGUUUUGGCUGUUUUGUGUUCAUUGUUUUCUCCUAUGUGCAGAUCUUCAGGGCUGUGCUGAGGAUCCCCUCUGAGCAGGGACAGCACAAAGCCUUUUCCACUUGCCUCCCUCACCUGUCUGUGGUCUCUUUGUUAGUCAGCAGUGGCACAUUUGCCUACCUGAAGCCCCCCUCCAUGUCCUCCCCAUCCCUGGAUCUGGCCCUGUCAGUUCUGUACUCGGUGGUGUCUCCAGCCCUGAACCCCCUCCUCUACAGUCUGAGGAACCAGGAGCUCAAGGAUAUCUUGAGGAAUCUGAUUACUGGAUUUUUUCAGAAACACUAA